AUGGACGUGGUGACAACAUUAAAAUCAGCGAAACGUUGUUGGCGAUUCGGUGUGUUUCCCUUCUUGGCUUCUUUCUUGGUCACUGUAACCUUGUUUUCUUUGUAUUCUCCCAACGGUAAUGCUAAUCAAAACCAAAUGUCAAUCUACCACUUCCCGAACAUCUUCACCUUGAGCAGUUUCGCUGUUGUAUCCGAAACCUUGAUGGAACUCAACCUUGUAGCCACAGAACUUGGCCAAAUUGCUCUAUCUUCAGCCAUGAUCAGUGAAAUAUUGCAAUGGACUACGAUGGAACUCCUGUUCAACUCAAAAUUCAGCAUGCGAUUUCUAAUCGUGCUUUUGAUAGGUGCAACUGGAUUUGCUGUUUUAUUACUUCUUAUUAUACGACCACUAGUGAACAUUGUUUUGGAGAGAACACCACCUGGGAAGCCAAUUAAAGAAGCAUACGUUGUCUUGUUACUUCUGGGGCCUUUGGUUAUGGCAGCUAUUAGUGACACAUUCGGCAUAUAUUUCGUCAUGGGACCUUUUCUCUAUGGUUUGGUUCUGCCAAAUGGACCCCCCCUCGCCACAACAAUCAUAGAGAGAAGUGAAUUGAUCGUGUAUGAGUUUUUUAUGCCUUUCUUCUUCUUGUUGAUUGGCACAAGGACAGACUUGACCUUAAUUCAUGAGCAUUGGGAGGUGGUUCUAGUAGUUCUGGCUAUCUUGUUUGUGGGAUGCUUGGUGAAGGUUAUUGAUACAGAAGUAUUCAGUGUAGCGGUGAUGUCUGUGGUGGUCAUGACAUCAAUUUGCAUACCCUUGAUCAAAUCCUUGUACAGGCACCGUAGGGUGUGUAAGACGCAAACCAUACAAGAAGGGUGUGUGAAAACAAUCCAAAACAUAACCGAAAAUACACCGUUCAACAUCGUAUCAUGUGUGCACACAGACGAACACGUGCACAACAUGAUUGCCCUAAUAGAAGCAUGCAACCCUACCACACAAAGCCCCUUGUACGUCUACGUGGUCCAUCUCAUUGAGCUCGUUGGAAAAAGCACACCCAUUCUUCUUCCCAUGAACAAAAACAAGCGAAAAUCUUUGUCCGUAAACUACCCCAACACCAACCACAUUUUACGUGCCUUUGAGAACUACUCCAACAACUCAAGUGGUCCUGUAACGGUUCUUUCGUAUGUUAACGUGGCUCCGUACAGAAGCAUGCAUGAAGCAGUUUGUAACCUAGCCGAAGAUAACUCAGUGCAUCUUCUCAUUAUACCCUUUCACCAAAAUGAUCAAACCCUAGGAAGCCACCUGGCCAGCACCAUUCGCAACCUCAACACAAAUUUUCUCGCUAAUGCAAAGGGUACUUUGGGGAUACUAGUGGAUAGAUACUCGGUGCUAAGUGGGAGUAGCUCCAAGUUGUCUUUUGAUGUUGGUAUCUUCUUCAUUGGUGGAAAAGAUGAUAGAGAAGCAUUGGCGUUGGGGAUUCGAAUGUUGGAACGCCCCAACACACGUGUCACCUUGUUCCGGUUUGUUUUGCCUACCAAUGAAGAUUCGAGGUUUAAUGGACUUGUAGAAAAUGAAGAUGAGAAUUUAGAGAGCACGUUGGACGAGAGUCUAAUAGAUGAGUUUAUUGCCAAGAAUGAUAUUAGUAGUGAUAGUGUUAACGUUGUUUACCAUGAGGCUGUGGUGGAAGAUUGCAUACAAGUGUUGAAAGCGAUUCGGGGAAUGGAGAAGGACUAUGACCUAGUGAUGGUGGGAAAACGACAUAGCAUGGGGAAUUUUGUAGAAGAAGAAAUGUCAAAUUUCAUGGACAAUGCAGAUCAGUUGGGAAUUUUGGGGGAUAUGUUGGCUUCCAAUGAGUUUUGUAAUGGGAAAGUUCCCGUAUUGGUGAUGCAAUGCGGUGAUGAGAAGAGGGUAAAACAGUUAGAAAAGGUUUGCCAUAUAUAG